UUCUGCGGAUAUGCCUCACUUCGUGGGAACAGUGUAUAGGGAUUAAAGCCUGGGAACGACAGGUGAAUGAAUGGGGGGCUGUUUAACUGUCUGCGUCACUUCUUUGAAGUGCACUUAUGCACCGACGGCUCCUAUUUGUCUAUCGAACACGGCGAUCAGUGUCGUCGUUGACGCGUUUUCACAGUGAAACGCUACCUGCGGGACAAAUCUGUCAAUCAAAGGGGUUAGACCAUAUAAAUAUCAUCCGCGUGGAGUCUGGGCCACAACUUCAGUUGCUGCCUUCUCUCUUGGUAUUCACAUCUGGGAUACGAGAAAACAGGCCUCCGUUUGGAAUACAGCUGAUAUGGGACACCUGAUUCUCCUCACAGCAAUGGUUCUGUCCAUGAGCUGUCAUUUCCAGUCUGCAUCGGCUUGGACGGUGAAUAAUUUCCUCAUGACUGGACCUAAGGCUUUUCUGACUUACGCCAGCAGUGUGCAAGUGGGCGCACAGAGUGGAAUACAAGAGUGUAAACACCAGUUCGCGUGGGACAGAUGGAACUGCCCAGAAAGCACACUUCAGUUAUCCACACACAACGGUCUUCGAAGUGCCACAAGGGAGACAUCUUUUGUCCAUGCUAUCAGCGCGGCCGGAGUGAUGUAUACGCUCACUAAGAACUGCAGUAUGGGAGACUUUGACAACUGCGGCUGUGAUGACUCCAGAAUUGGACAGACAGGUGGCAGAGGAUGGAUCUGGGGAGGCUGCAGUGAUAAUGUGGCGUUUGGAGAGAAGAUCUCCAAACAGUUUGUGGACGCACUGGAAGAUGGGCAUGACUCUCGCGCAGCAGUUAACCUGCAUAACAACGAGGCAGGCAGACUGGCAAUCAAAGCUACCAUGAGGAGAGCCUGUAAGUGUCACGGGGUAUCCGGAAGCUGCAGCAUCCAAACCUGUUGGAUGCAGCUGGCCGACUUCAGAGAGGUGGGUAACUACCUGAAGAUGAAGCACGAACAUGCGAAGAAACUGGAGAUGGACAAGAAGCCGGCGAGGGCUGGGAACAGUGCUGACAACAGAGGAGCAAUUACGCACGCUUUUCGGAGCACCGCCCGGACCGAGCUCAUUUACCUGGAGGACUCUCCGGAUUACUGCGUCAAGAACCAGAGCCUGGGGUAUCAGGGCACAGAGGGGCGGGAGUGUCUAAAGGGUGACAAGAACAUGUCCCAGUGGGAGAGAAAGAGCUGCCGCAGGCUGUGCUACGAAUGCGGCCUCAGAGUGGUGGAGAAGCGCAUCGAAGUCGUCAGCAGCUGCAACUGCAAGUUUCACUGGUGCUGCACAGUUAAAUGCGAAAAAUGCACGCAAGUUGUUACUAAAUAUUACUGUGCACGUAAAGAAAAUGGGAGGAAACCACAUAAUAAAACAAAGCGCAGGCAUCGUGCGCGCCGGCACUGAUUGUCAGACUGUUGCUCAUCACCAUUCAUCAUCAAUAAUUAUUAUUAUUCUGUAUUACAAGAGUGUAGUUUGUACAACUCCAACUAUCACAUCACCUGAAGCCUUUUAAUGCACUUUAUGUUACUAAUUUGAUCAAUCACAUUGUGUUUUUAGGACCAAGUUCUCCACACAUGCUCACCCUUUAUCACC